AUGGUGGGGAGCCCUUGGCCCGGAGCCGUGCCCUGGCUGGCUUCGUGUCGACAGGCGGCCCCGACCAUGUGUACGACCGAGAAGGGAGCAGAUGGUCUCCUCGUGGUGCAGGGCAUGCCGAGGGGUUUCCCGGCCGUGGGCAUCCACGUGCAAUCCUGCAGUCCUAUAUCCGCACCAUGUCCCAGGACGAGAUGGUGGAGCUUCCCGCAGUUCCGCGGCAAGGAGCUUACCCGGGGCGGUGUGGAGCGAGUCCUUGAGACCUACCACAUCGCGAAGAACGAGGCCCUGCUGAAGACACUCGCCGCCCUGGGAAGCUCCCCCAUACAUCCACAUCUCACCCUGGUGCACCUGGAGGAUGCGCUUGAAGCGGAUGAUCUUGCCCUCGUAAUGCCAGGCAGCUCGGAGAGCAGCAUGGCGGGGAUCUUGUCCAUGAGGGACCGCAUGUCCAGGCUUCCUUGGGUUCUGCACCUUCUUGGCGGCAAUUUUGCAGGCCUCGGCCGCUUUGGGAUGGAACACCCAGAACUCGUGGGCCUUAACGGGCCUUACAGGCCACCGGGCGAGAUUCUGUUGACCACCGCUGCAAACCCGCUGGUAGAUGGGUCUCUUGGCGAUGGCUGCCUUUGGCCCCGGCGAAGAACCCUUCUACUGGGUCCGGCCGGUGCAGACCUGGACCUCCUUGCUGAAGGUGCACAGCCACAGCUACAGUCUCAGGAAACUCCUGCGGUGUGGAACGAGAUGCCUCUUAUGGUGGAGAGCCAUAAGCGCGGAAGCAAGACGGCCUACAGUGAGAUCCGCACCUCUCAAGGAGGCCGCAGGGAGGAGGCGAUGAACUUGCUGAAGGCAGAUGGGUUGGCCCGCCCUGCUUCCAAUGAGGAAAGUCGGAAUGGAGGUUUGUGUGCCGCGAGAUGGUCACGGCCAAACACUUCUUCCCCAGAACGCAGCUCCCAGAGGCCCCGGUCCAGGACUCCAAAGAACAUGUAUGAUUUUCCGAGCGAAGAUGGCAUGCAAGACGUCGGGCAAGCCUGGUGCUCUGAUCCGCUCGUUUGCGGCACUGCUCCAGAAUCCCCCCUUUGGGCGGAAUCCUCGUGGUGGGGCUCGAGUGAUGCGCGCGCCACCGAUACAGAAGCAUACGUCGGAGGCUGGUUGUCCAUGGACCCCUGUCCGCACAAGUCCUCCAUCUUCCGGUUCCACUUUGAGGAAUGCCACCCGUGGGCGUUCGUCCAAGUUUCUCCGAAACGCCGCAUCGCGGCCCUAGACAUGCUUGGAACACUGGUCCUUACGGCUUUCCUCAUUGAAAAAGAACGACCAGGCACAUCAGUGCCACACCGCUACUACCAGGGCUUCUCUCCGGACCGUCGUCUCAACGUUUUCAUUUUCGAAAACAUCGCAACGGCACAUGACUUCUACAAGUGGGUCCACCUGGAGGAGAAUCAGGCUGGCAUCAAGGAUUGCUUGCACAAGAAUAUCGGACACCUCACUGAGGAGCGAACUCGAUUGAGGGUGUUCCAGACCGACCGGAAAGUGCACGUUUCUGUGGGCAUCGACUCCCAGGAUGCUGCUGGACAAAACAAGGUGACCUAUGCCGGGGACUUGAUGAUGAAGUACUGCAAGGAGCACUAUCCCGGAGCGAUCCCUGAGAUGUACAUUGAAGGCGGCUUCAAUGCGGGAAAGCGCGUCUCCGUCAUGCACACGCUCCUUGGCAAGGGCCACUCUAUUGUGGCGGAUUGUAUCAUUCCAAAGGAAGUGUGCCAGUCAGUUCUGAGAACUACACCUUACAGGUUGCAGCGCUUCCAGAAGAUGCACAACAGGACGAACGAGUUCAUGGGUGGCAUCAGUUGCACAGCCCAUGUGGCCAAUGGCUUGGCAGCAUUCUACAUUGCCACUGGCAACGACCCGGCGUGCACGGCCGAGUCUCAAGCUGCCGUGACUCACUUUGACCUUGUCAACCCUUCCGGAGGAUCCACCAACCACCUCGACCAGGACUUGUACGCAAGCAUUACGCUAAAUUCCAUCAUUGUCGCGAGCGUCGGAGGCGGUACCUCCCUGCCAUCCUUCAAGGCCGCCCGAUCCAUGAUGGGAGUGGAAAGCGCCAACGAGCUUGCAGAGAUUUGUGCAGGUGUUGCCCUCUCCGGUGAGCUCAGCUUCUAUGCCUCCAUGGAGACAGGCUCGUUUGCUGACGCGCAUUGGAACAUGACGCACAAGUGGGCGCGGAACCCGUCUGCGCCCUGCACCUUGGAGUGGCGCAGCCGAUCGGCGAAGGCACCAAAUCGUGCCGUACCUCGAGUCGCGCUUUGCUUGCUGGGCGUGCCUCGAUUCUUUGAUGAUACAGCACAGCUGCUGAGGCGGAAUCUUCUCGACCGCGUCGGGCGGCCUGCCGACCUCUUCACCUUCGUGACUGCCUCGCGGCGACCCGCGGCACCAGAUUGCCCGCAGCCACAUCGCCUGGUUGAAACGGUUCCGGGCGAUGGUCGGCUCAGCGAGGAGCUGCGACGUGUGGCGCCCUCCAGCGAGGAGGGCCAGGGCCAGAACUUCGAGCCUGGACGCUUUGCCGGCGACGGCGCGUCGCUGCUGACGGCAUCAGAAUGGCAAGAGCUGGAGGUGCUUCUCCAGGACGCCGUCGCGGGGCAGGCGGGCAGUGGCCUGGGGCGACCGACCAAUGGAGUUGCUGAGCAAGGCCUGAUGUCGGCCAUGACGACAUCACAGGUUCUUCACCGACUGCACGGUCAGACCUCGGACGAUUCCAGGAAGGCGCGAAGCUCUGGCAUCCGCUUCACGGACGGCAGCUCAGGACACCAGGUGCGGCCAAGCGCCGGACUGUCCCAGCUGCGUACCCUCCAGUGGUGCGCGGAUGCUGUCAAGUGGCAUGAAAACAAUUUUCUCAACUUUUCGUACUCCCACGUUCUUUUCGCCCGCUGGGACCUGCACUGGCUGAUUCCUUUUCCUGGCCUCGAGCUGCUGCAGGAGAUUGACUCGGAGGCCAUAUGGCUGCCGAAGGUCCAGGGCGAGUUCUUUGCUAAUGAUCGCUUUGCAGUCGUACCAAGGCCAAGGCUUGCAGUGUACUUUGAAGGUUGGAAGCUGUUGGUCUCUGGUGACGCAGAGGAUGCUUUGAAGAAGCACAUGCCCCGAGUGGGCACUCCUUUUUUCCUGCAAGACCUCCUGGUCUACGAGGGCUUCCUGCACCUGCGCCUGGUCUACGCUGGGGCGCAUACUAUGGCCCUUCCUCCACUCUUCUAUGUGUACUGCCGUCCAUCGUCGGAUUCCAGGACGUUUCGGAGCCUGGGCUUCUUCGACUGCUCGCCUCUGGCAGCCUUGGCAGACGUGACGGCCAAGGGCGGCGGCGACGAAGCCUCUGAGGCAGUUGAAACCGCCCUUGGCGGUGCCAAGUACAGCAACGAGGUCACUUGGGUGAUAAGCACGGACUCCGCGCUCAGAGGCUUGGAGCAAGGAGAGUCCAGGGUCGAAGAAGGGUCCGAGCAACUCAUGCGGCUGCUACGACCUCGCUUGGAUCGCCUUCGAGGCAAUCCAGAGGACCCGUCAGAUCCGGUCACUUGGACAAAGGACGAUCUCUUCGGUGCAGUCUUCCUGUCCACGCAGAUGGAGGUCAGCACAGCCUUGCAAAGGGGGCAAUGCCAGAACCUGAAUGACUGGAGGAGGACGGGCUACGUUUGCAGCCGCUUCCUCACAGUGAUUCUUGAGCUCGCUCCACGCAGGUUUGCCACUUCUUGGGGCCUGGAUGACGAAUGUGUCGGGGAGCUACUGGCACAACCCCCACAGUUUGGUAGCAUGCAAUGGAGCCAGCUGCUGUGGGCCUCUGCACUAUCCCAGAAGGCCGCCAGCGACUGCAGCUUCCGGCGCGUGGAUGCUUCGCUCGGAGGCUUCAACGAGGAAGUUCGCGCCCGACGGAGGCCUCUGAUCGUUCAUUCCAUUCCAGAUGUUUCCGGUGUGCUGGCGGAUACGGAUCAGGAGACCAUGUUGAGAAGCUUCGGGCACAUGCGCAUGCAGCUGGAGACCGGCAUUGACGAAAGUGCAGCCAAUUUCCGUCUUACGAAGGAGUGGCGAUCGCUAGAGCGCUAUGUCCACCAGCCAACAGGUGGACAGGAGCUUGCAUUCGAGCACGGCUUCACCGGAAGCUUGAGUCGAUCGGUGUGGAGCUCCAGAUUUCCGGCGCUGCCUAGCUUGCUGAAGGAGGUCCUCGCAUUUCCAAUCCUUACCCUGGGUGUCAACGGCACAGGCACCAGUAUGCACAAGCAUGAGGAGACCUGGCUCCUCCUGCUAAGCGGGCGCAAAGCCUGGUGGAUCAGUGAGAAGCCAAACGUCCCUGCGACGUUCGCGCGAAGGAAUCCGUGUCAGCACAUGGACUCAAGCACUCCCCCGGGGUAUCAGUUCUGCAUCCAGCAACCGGGGGAGGUGGUGUAUUUCCCGGACGAUGCCUUCCAUGCCACCUGCAAUAUUGACAGCUUCGUGUGGGGCUUGGGGUCACAGGGCAGCAAUGCAGACUGGCCCCCUCUUGUGAUGGCUGCCAGCCUCGGGGAUGCGCAGGCCGUGACGACCAUGCUCAAGAGCGGAGAGGGGCGCCCGACACGAGCGUCCUUUGCAGCUGCUUUGCAGCGUUCCCUGGGGCUUCAGCAGCCGACAGCGCGGAGGCUCAUGAAGUAUGCAGCCAACUUUGUGGAUGAAUCCACAGGUCAUGCAGUGGGCUAUUGUACCACGUCCCCAGUUCAUGCGGCAGCCGAGAGCGGAGAUGUGGCUAAGGUGCAGAAGCUCCUCUCCCUGGGGUUCGCUGCUGAAGAAGCUUAUUCUGAAACUGUUGGAUUCAUCGCCCUGGAGAUCGCUGCCUUCUUGGGUCACACGGAAGUGGUAGAGCUGCUGGCCCGGCAGAGGGGACCUUUGUUGCAGAACCACUCUGCUAUGGUUCUGGGCAACGCAUUGAGACAUGCAGCUCAAAACGGUCACAGCGCAGCCCUGCACCUUCUUUCUAAGCUGGGAGCAGAGCUCGUACUUGCAGAUGCUGAGGGUCGUGUGGCACUACAUUAUGCGGCAGCAGGGGGACAGCGAAAAGCAUUGAAGACCUUGCGCUCGCUGUACCUAAACCCCGCUGCACCAAUCGAAGCAAGGGACCACGAUGGGCUCACUCCCUUGCACGCUGCUUCCGAGCGUGGGCAUUUACAGCUUGUACGCUUUCUUCUCGGCACACGUUCAGAGCUCACGGCAAGCCGAAAGAUGGAGAUGCCAGUGCAUCUUGCAGCCCGUCAAGGUCACGCGUCGGUAGUGCAACUGCUGCUAAGCAAGGGAGCAGGUGUCUCACAGAAAAGCGAAUUGGGAACCCCGCUUCAUGCAGCGAUUAUGUCUGGGUGCCGAAAUACGACCGAGCUGCUUCUGAAACGCAAGGCACCUGGGCACGAGCGAGACUCCAAAGGCAACCAGGCGUUGCAUGUCGCCGCAAAGUACGGUGACAUGACAAUGGUGAAGAUGUUGUUGAAAUGGCGUGCCGACGUUUCUGCUCUUGGCGACGGAGGGCCUGCUUGGAAAAUUGCACAGCGACAGGGCUUUGAUGAAGUGGCUGAGCUCCUGCAGACGCCCGGUAUGCUUGAGCUGUAA